AUGAAGAUCUUGGCAUCAGCUUUGUCAAUUUUCCACCUCCUGAGCUUUUGCGGUGGAUAUGAGAGCAUUCAUUCAUACACACCGAUGUCGUUGGUAACAGACUCUGCGGCAAUCGAUCAAGACCUCCACGUGAUUCAUCUUGAAUUGAAGAAGGAGACACAACGUGGAUGGACCAACGCAGAAAAAAUCUACCGCGAAGGUGCAUUCAGUAAACCAGUUGCCAAAAUUUUGCUCAAUUCGCCUCUAGAAGAUGAUCUCCCUGCUAAAACUACAGUAAAAGGAGUUGACACUAGUGGAUUCCCAGUCUCUGGAACGCUAUUCAAGGAAGCAAAGGUUGAUGAAAGAGAAUUGAUGAUUCAAUACGAUAUCAGUGAAGUUCAAGCAAAUUAUGUUAACUGCCAGGUUGGCGGAAACCCUGCUCCAAAUGUCGGUGGAUGCUUCAAUUCCACUGGAAACUUGACAGUGAAUGGCGCUGUUCUACCCUAUGAUUAUGACAUUUACAAGCACAACGUCAAUGAGCGUACUAUUGCACACAUGAGUAUUGACGCAGAGGAGAAAAUGUGGAAAUGCGACAACUGCCCAUUCCCCGAGUAUCAAAUGUUCUACAACUACUUUGGAGAAUUCAACUAUGCGGACCGAAUUCUCACACACGCCUUUCGUGGGGAGCAAACCUACUUGAAGCAUGGAAAUAUGGACUUCGGGUACUACACAGAAUACGCUCUUACAGAAUUUCUACACAAGGGUAUGUCAUAUUUGAACAUUUGGAUGUGGACUAUCCGACAGAUGGAGCAUGCCCUUGCCGAGUGCGAGGAGUCCAAAUUAGAUGAGGGCGUUCAUUACUGGGAUGAAGCGGUUGCGUUUUACACGGGGUCGCGAAGUCUUAUUCCAAACAGAGAUGGCAACUUGAUUUGGCAUCAAGCAAUGUUGCGAUGCGACGAAUUUAUGACUUGCGGACCAAAUGCCGACCAACGAGAUGAAGAACCAUAUGUAAACAUUGAAGCAUUCAAACAUUUCAAUGAAGGGCAACUUAACAUUGUAAAUGGAAAAUGCAAGCUAGCCAGAAAGAACAAAGAGCGCAUCGUCACAAUGAUGCUCAUCCCUUUGAUUCAAGGAAAUCUUCGAUACUCUCAUAUCAUUGCACACGAAGAUAAGUUCUACGAGAAGCACGGUGCAGAAGCUACGCUCUACGCCUUGGCCACUCUCCCAUUCGUCCAUGACUGUAACCCAAAGAAUGCAGAAAUCAUUUAUCAAAACUUGAAAUCGAAGAAUACCGCCAACGUGGACUACACUGCUGUCAAACAAGCAUUCGAGGGGACAUACGAAUGUUUGAAUAUUAAGUGUUACGAGAUUGGAGGUAUCUGGGAGAAGAGCAUCAAUGAUUACAAGUAUGAUGCUUUCCCAUGCGGACUGCGGGACGACACGGCUUUCUGGAUGGUCAUUGGCGGUUCGGCAGGAGGACUGGUGCUCCUUUCGAUAAUGGGUUUGGUAUUCCUUCGCAUGAGACGCACGAAGAACACACGGGCGAAAACAAUUGAAUCUCUUGAAGAGGGUGAUAUGGAAGAUAUCCCAAUUGGAGGUGAUAGUGACAAGGUCAUUACAUAG